AGAUGACUAGAGUCUAGACCUAAAUUACCUACGUUACCUAAAUUCACGCCGUAAAAUACGUUUUUAGAAACGAUUUUCCUCAAUAACAUCGAUCAGCGUGAAAUAUUCGUUUAAUACAAAAGUAGUAAUGGAGAAAUAUGACAAAACGAUACCGCUGGAUGCGGAACUACUGACAGCAGAAAUCGAAAAGCAUGUCGAGCCUGUCCUCGGAUCAGUCCUUUUAAACUAAUCUUGUUUAAGCUAGCAGCAGGACUACAUCCACAGAGCUGUUCCCGGAUCAGCCCAAAACACUCGAGGCUGUAGCACGCACAUUGAUGAUGUCAUUCGCGGAGAACAACAACAGCCUCUCACAGGGAUUAGCCGCUUAGUUUGCUCCAAAGUGCUGACAUACUCUCUCUCAUUUAAAACGCUUUUUUGAAUUAAGAGCUCAGUCAGAACAUCACGGUUAUUUGAGUUAAAUUAUUUCACCGGGCGAACUUUAGAACAGAAGAUAUUUCACAGCUAUUGCUAAAAGAUAUCAGGCCGCUAUGACAAGCUAACGACGCGCUACUAAUAGUAAAUUAGUAAGUUUGCAAAGGGUUUGCAAGUUUGUAUAUUUUGUAUUUGAAAAAAGAAAAAAAUACAAGACUUAUUUCUUCCACCAGUCUCUCUGAGCAGAGUGUUACAGUGUGCUUGCCUAUAAUAUUAACUUGACAUCCCAGAAAUAUGCUAGUAUGUUAAAGGUGCAGUCAAACGUCACUCAUUGAGAGAGCAAGACAAAAGGAUGAUCUUAAGGAUUUAAUCAAGCACUUACAAAAUGCCUCAAGGGAAGAGAGCACUUGUUCCUGUUAAUACAAGGAGAAGGGUUAAAGCUGAUGAAGAUUACUUCCCUUUCAACUCCCUGCCGGUGGAAUGUCAGCUCCAUGUGCUCUCAUUCCUCAGUGAGGUAGACAAAUGCAACUCUGCCCUUGUGUGUGCGAGCUGGAGCUGCUUAGUGCGCUCUGGGAAGCUCUGGAGGGUUGCAGACUAUUCCCGCCGUGGGGUGUUUCAUCUUGGCCAGGAGGGUCUGCUCGUUUCCAACAGAGAGUUUGAGCGCUGGAAGGCUUGGGUUCACCAUUACACCCAUCAUCUUAUAUCCCGUGGGGCUAGUUUGCUCACUCUGAAGGCCAGUUUUGAUCUAGGAGACCAGUGCAAUAAAUGGGGAGAGCUCCUGUCGCACCUUCUAGAGAACGUGCACUGCCGGGAUCUCAGUCAUUUAGACUUGAACUGGACAUUUACGCUGCUUGAACCUCUUGACCUUCGUGUCCACACCAGUUCUAGUUCCCAUCAAGACAAUAUUACCAAGAUGGACCAGAUUAAUAACUUCCAGGUUCUCCUGGCCAGACUCGUCCACAGCUGUCCCAGGAUUGCCAAAAUGCGCCUGCACUUCGACUGGUCCGAAACAUCAGUUGCACUGAUCACUCAGUUUCAACACCUCCGUAUCUUAGAGUUGAAGUACUUUUGGGUAUUCAAAGGGGUCAGUCCGAACACUUUACAGACGCUGACGAAAUCCCUGCCUAAUCUAAAAUCCCUCACGCUCCAUGUUCUUGUUCCGCUGCGAAAUCUAGGCAUCUCAUACACCCUUGAAUCCCUUUCGCUCGAGUUCCUAGAUGUGUCACCCAGUCGUGGUCUGGUCUUCUCCUGCCUUAACCUCCCAGCGCUGCGAGAGCUGCGGGCGAAAAAGAUAGUUCGAGGCAUUACUCUGGACCGUCGGACUCGGCUACAGAUACAGAGCCGAUGGCCCUGUUUGUAUCAGGUCUUACGUGAAGGGACGCCCAAACUUCAGGCCCUUAACAAUGAAAGACUCCUUCCCAACUGGAAAGAGCAAAGUUACCGAGAGCUGACGUCUAUCCUCCAGCAGUCUUGCUAUUGUCUUCAGCAUUUAGACAGUUGGCUCUGGUGAAUUCAAGACUUAAACAAUACCAGGCCACACAUAAUGGCCUAAAGGCGCACAGCCACAUCCUGAAGAAAAUUAUGUAGGAAAAUUAGAAGGACCAAAAUAUAAUUGGAUAACACACUUCUGCUGAUCCUCUAUAAUUAAAAAUAUUUUAAACUGUAAUUUAAUUAUAUGUCAGCCAUCGUUUGCUAGCAAAUAAUUGGAGUAAGUUCAAUAUAUGUCCAGAUUCUUAACUAUACAAUUAUGUUUCAAAAGAGUUUUGGCUUGUGUUGCUAUGAAGGUUUAUGUUCCAGGCUGAAGUGUGUGCAUUUUUUAGGAGCUUAGGUGAAUUCAGGAAAAUUGUUCUAUUGUGCAAAAAGGAGGAUAAAGCGGAUUGCUGCAAUGGAGUGUGGAUCAUUUUGACAAGAACUUUAAUUCCUUAAAGCAUUUCAGUUCUUAUGUGUUUUAGUUGGAGUCCUCAAAAAACAAAGGGGUUUUUGCCUUUAUUUUGUGUGUAUUUUUGUCUUGAACUAAAUUUUAUUUCGGUAUUUACAGCUGUCUACAACUUAUACCUUUAAAACAUAGUGUGCCUUUAAUGACAUUUGUGAGCCAUGAAGUUUUUUCUUUGAUUUUAUGAAAUGAAGAUAUUGCUUUUAGCCUCAAACCAAUUGAUCAAUCGCUUAAUUUGUUUCACGUACACAUAGGUUUUUGCAGCUGGAUUUCCUAGUAAACACCCCGAAGGAUGAAAAUAUGAUUUGAAUGCAGUCUCUCAUGCUCGUCCACAGGAUGGCACCCUUUUCUAGCUUUUCAGUUGUUUCUUUCUCGCCACCCCUAAAAGCAGCAGUCUGCAGUGGUGCAGUGAUCAAUCAAUUCUGUGUACAGACUGGAAUUGAAAUGGCUAUAAUAAAUUGAUAUGAUUUUACUUGA